AUGUCACUUCCCACCAUUAACAAAGAAGAAAUUAAAGGUCUUAUAACAUCAAUAUACCAAGAUAAAAAAAAUUAUAAUAACAUAGUCAAAUUAUUAAAUAUUUACUCCAAAUAUCCUCCAGAAUCCUUUAUUGAUGAACAAGACGGUAAUUUACAGACAAUUAGAUAUCUAACCUUAAAUUUAUUUAAAAUUUUUAAAAAAUUAGCUGAAUUAAAUCUUUUAUCUGGUGCUGGCUCUACUGCAAAUAGCAACGAGAAAAUUUUGAUCCAAUGGUGUAGAAAAAAUUAUGAAUUGUAUAAAUCAAAAAUCUUAUUGGAUUAUAUGACUCAAAUAAAGGUUGCUAAUUCUUUAAGUUUAGAUUGCUUGGAUAUUUAUAUGAAUUGUAUUGAAUUGGAAUCUAUUUAUUUUAGUUCCAAAAGAGGUUUGCCAUAUUUCCCCAAUAGGACGCUACAAAAAUUAAUUAGCCGCUUACUAUUUACAGGAAAUAAGGGAAAUGAUUUAGCAUAUAUUCUUGAUGAAUUUGCUGAUAAAUAUUAUAAAAAAUAUGUUGAUGUUCAAUUUUAUUUUCAAAAUGAAUUUAAUAAUCUUAUCACCGAUGGUACAUAUCCUCCUGAAAAAAAUAAUAAUUUGGUAAAGUUUUGGAUUAAGUUAAUGAAUCAUGACAAUCAUUAUGAUAGUGAUGACUGUGAUUUGGAAAUUUUAGUACCACAUCCACCAUCGAUUAUGGAAAAUGAACACAAGUUUAAAGAUUUCGUGGAAAAUAAUUGGUUGUUUAUUUUAUCUAAAGUAACUAGGCCUGAUCAAUACAAAAUCAUUUUGUUAAUUUUGCAUAAAAGAAUUAUUCCACAUUUCAAUACGCCGUCCAAGCUUAUGGAUUUCUUAACUGAAUCAUAUAACUUACAGUAUGUUGUUGAUGAUGAUGAUGAUGAUGAUGAUGAUAAUCAUAGUGAUAAUAACCAUAAUAACAACGGAAGUAUUGUUAUCCCAUUAUUAGCCUUAAACGGGUUGUUUGAAUUAAUGAAAAAUUAUAAUUUGGAAUAUCCUAAUUUUUACUUCAAGUUAUAUCAGUUAUUUACUCCAGAUAUGAUGCAUGUUAAGUAUAGAUCCAGAUUUUUAAGAUUAAGUGAUAUUUUUUUAAGUUCAACACAUUUAAGUGCACAACUAGUGGCUUCUUUUAUUAAGAAAAUGGCAAGACUAACAGUAAAUGCUUCUACUAGUGCAAUUAUUUCCAUUAUUCCAUUUAUUUAUAAUUUAUUGAAAAAACAUCCAACUUGUAUGAUCAUGUUGCAUGAUCCACAAUAUAUUAAAACACCAGGUAAUGUCUUUAGUACCAAUGUAAAGAAAAUGGAAUACAUAGACUCUUUUGAUAAUGAUGAAAAAGACCCAGAAUCUACAAACGCUAUUGAAUCCUCAUUAUGGGAAUUAGAAACUUUAAUGCAUCAUUAUCAUCCCAAUGUGGCUAGUUUAGCCAAAAUUUUUAAGAAUCCGUUUAGAAAAUAUAGUUAUAAUUUAGAGGAUUUCUUGGAUUGGAAUUAUGAUACCUUAUUAAAAGCUGAAUUAAAGAGAAGUUUAAAGAUACUUCCAGCAUUAAAUCAUGAAUUUACUAGUAAUGGUAGUAAUAGUGCUGAUCAUAAGAAAAAGUAUACUGUUUUUGAUGAUUUUGUUCAAAACGUUGCUUUCUAG